CGCGCGGUCUUCAGGAGCUGGGUUAAAACCAGUCUUGCCCAUCUGGAAGCCGCCGGGGCCUCCAAUGCAGGAGCAAAGGACAAGGUGUAGCUUAGCAUUGCUUCAGAGCCAGUUCCACACUCCUUUCCCUCACCCCCAACCUCCAUUCCAAGUGCAAGACGUCCAGGCCACAGUGAAGCUUAGGAUGGGUGAGUUUUCCCAUUCCUCUUUACCAUGGUUUCCUUGUGGAAGGAUUUUAUGCUCAGUCAUUACCUUUUAGUGGCCCACAUGAAAUUUUUUUUAAAGGAAGAAAAGAUAUUCCCGGUUAACCCUAUUUAAUUACAAAAUGCUGGUUGGAGCCAUUGUAUCUGGGAAAGAAAAUGUUCAGAGGGUGACUGAAAGAGAAUUUGCAGAUGAACAUGACUUCCCAUGAAGUCCAAUGUUCUAGCUGCUACCAAGGCUCGGAAAACUCCAGCCAGCUUUCACCACUGUGUGUGUGUGUGUAUAGCAGGCUCCUUAGCCCGAGAAAGCACAGAUUUAUCUAGUCUUGCCAGGGAGAAAAGAGGAGAAGACUUGGGGGAAUGAGCUAAUAGAAUUCGUUACUUAAGGUCAUACGUAGUUUCAGAGGGUCUCCAGUAGAUUCAAGCAGCUUCACAAAACGUGUCCUUUUCAUAUUUUUCUCCCUAAAAACAAUUUCUUUAGGGGAUGUAAACCUUAGAACCCUCAUCCAUAGAGUCUUUGGAAAACUCAAUACUUAUUCAGUUUUAAACUUCCUCCCCAAAAUCAAGACCAUUCCCCAGUUUCAAAACAGAACCCCUUAGGGGAGCCAUUGCCUGGGGUGGGAGAGACACGGCUCUGCAACAAUGCCACUUUGGGAACACUGGAAUAGAUUUGCCCAGACCUUCAUUGGUUGGGCAGGAGAAGGAGAACAAUUUUAUCUUCUCAGUUUACCCCCUGCGAUGUGGGGAGUACAUUAGUUGUUGACAGGGGGCCAUGUCUCCGAGGAAAAACCCGUGCUGCAGGCAAAGGCAGCUCCUCUGGAAUAAAAUCAGAAAGCCAUUGGCAAAGGCAAUCAAUCAGGCCAUAAGCAGCCAUUUCCCCCUUUCCUUUCCGGGGCUAGAGGUGGUCUGGGAGCCCUCCAAGGGUGCACUGGGCAACUUGUAGAGCGAGGAAUAUAUCCUCCGGAGCCGGCGCCCCCGCUGCUUUUGUCUUGGCUCCCAGCCUGGCUUCCGAGGCUUUGUACCAUGGAUUUGGGAGUGACAAUGGGCAUUUCCCUCAGAUUCAAGGCUGCCCAGCCUUACCUCUGGAGGCUAGAGAAAGAAAGAACGAAAGAAAGAAAAGAAAGAACAAAAGGAAGAAAGGAAGGAAGGAAGAAAGAAAGAAAGAAAGAAAAGAAAGAAAGAAAGAAAAAAGAAAGAAAGAAAAGAAAAAUAAAUCGUAAGAGAGGGGACCAAGGACCAGGCCAUUUUUAAGACAUCUCUGGAAUCCACUUGGAGGUCUCUAAGUGGGAACCACGGGGAGAGGCCUUGCCCAGGGAGAUGCUCUUCCCGCUGGCAUCUUUAGGCACCGUGGAGCCAGCGGGCGGGAACAGGCCUGCGCUAGCAUUUGGGUUCUGCUCUGUGGCGUGUUCUCUUCCAGGGCCUUUCCAGAAGUCCUGGAGAAGACAAGUCAACCUGGCCACCUUGUAUCGACUGCCAGCCUACGGACCCUUCCGAGGGCAGACAGCCCAGGCGGUGGCCGCUGCAGCGCCCAGCCCGCCGGCCAAGCCUCCCCAGCUUACCCUUCGGGCCUCGGCGUGCGCUCAGCCUCACGUCGAGGCAGCCCCCAGUUUAGCGGACUGAUUUACUCCCGGUAUUGGUAAAUAUGAUCACGUGGGCCGUGCGACCAAUGGUGGAGGCUGCAGCCUGCGAACUAGUCGGCGGCUCCGGCGCCGGCGGGGAGCGGCGCCGAGGCGGGCAGUGUAACCUUGGGUGGGAGCGCACGGCGCCUCAAAAUGUCCUCCAGUGGCACCCUCAGCAACUACUACGUGGACUCGCUCAUAGGCCAUGAGGGUGACGAGGUGUUCGCCGCGCGCUUCGGACCGCCGGGGCCGGGCGCGCAGGGCAGGCCCGCAGGUGUGGCCGACAGCCCGGCCGCCGCCGCCGCCGAGUUUGCCUCGUGUAGUUUUGCCCCCAAAUCGGCCGUGUUCUCCGCCUCGUGGUCCGCGGUGCCUGCCCAGCCCCCGGCGGCGGCGGCGAUGAGCGGCCUCUACCACCCGUACGUGCCCCCGCCGCCCCUGGCUGCCGCCUCCUCCGAGCCCGGCCGCUAUAUGCGCUCCUGGAUGGAGCCGCUGCCCAGCUUCCCGGGCGGCGCGGGUGGCGGCGGUAGCGGUGGUGGAGGUGGCGGUGGCCCGGGCCCCGGUCCCAGCCCUGGCCCCAGCGGCCCAUCCAACGGGCGCCACUACGGAAUUAAGCCUGAAACCGGAGCGGCCCCGACCCCCGCCGCCGCGGCCGCCUCCACCUCCACCUCCUCUUCCACUUCCUCGUCUUCCUCCUCCAAACGGACUGAGUGCUCCGCGGCCCGGGAGUCCCAGGGGAGUGGCGGCCCCGAGUUCUCGUGCAACUCGUUCCUACGGGACAAGGCAGCAGCGGCGGCUGGGGCAACCGGGCCCGGUGCAGGGAUCGGGGCCGGGGCCGGGGCAGGCGGCUCGUCGGAGCCCUCGGCUUGCAGCGACCACCCGAGCCCGGGCUGCCCGCUGAAGGAGGAGGAGAAGCAGCAUCCGCAGCCGCCGCCGCAGCAGCAACUUGACCCAAACAACCCCGCAGCAAACUGGAUCCACGCUCGCUCCACCCGGAAAAAGCGCUGUCCCUACACCAAAUACCAGACGCUUGAGCUGGAGAAAGAAUUCCUCUUCAACAUGUACCUCACCCGGGACCGGCGCUAUGAAGUGGCAAGGAUUCUGAACCUCACAGAGAGACAGGUCAAAAUCUGGUUCCAGAAUCGUAGAAUGAAAAUGAAAAAGAUGAGCAAGGAGAAAUGCCCUAAAGGAGACUGACCCGGCGCGGCGCCGACGGAACCGCUCUGCUUUGCAAAGGCAGUGGGGUUUUUUCUUUGUGGGUGCUUGAUUUCCAGAAAUUCUGCAGCGAUUCGGACAUUUCUCCCCCUGCCCCUUUUUUUAGGUAGAAGUGACUGUGUGGUUGGUCUCUGUGAGGUAUUUUUGGGGACUCUGUAUUUGCUCGCUUAUGUGUUGGAGAAACCAAGUGGCUUUGGGGUUUUGCCCUAUCCCGCUCCCCAUGUUUCCUGUCCUAUUGGUUCCUUAGGAAAUGCCAUAUUUUGUGAGUGCACGCCGGCUUGAGGAGCCCUCUCCUGUGUACAUGUCCCCUAUGUUUCUGAAAAGUGCUGUAGUUUAGCCCCCAGCGCUGCUCAAGCAGGGGCCAAGCGCACCCCACUUCUGAGAGCGAAGGCAGAGCGACGACAGCGAGGAGGCCCGCCCAGGCCAAGACCCGGUCGUGUUGUCCACCGGUUAUGAAAGCCCCCUUUCCUCAGGGAGCCCACGGGCCCUCCACUAAGACGUGGAAUGAGACCGAGAGAAGAGCCCAGGGCCGCCAGUGGGUCGGGGGUUUCUUCUCAGUGCACUGGCGGAGCCGCAUUCUCAGGGGAGGUGUUGGCUCGCGUGGGCUACUGCGGGUGUAGGCCCUCCGGGUUCCUGCCUGAGGACCAGUUGUAAAUGUUACCGCUUCCUACCAAUAAAUGCUGACCUGAUCAAACGGA